AACCACAUGACCCACUGCCAGGCCGGCAAGUCCUGUCAGGUGGCUCACUGUGCGUCGUCCAGACAGAUCAUCUCUCACUGGAAGAACUGCACACGGCACGACUGUCCUGUGUGUCUUCCGCUCAAGAACGCCAGUGACAAACGCACCCAGCAGCUGGGUGCCGGCCAGACCCCCCUAGACCCUAGCUCCAUGCAGAGGGCCUAUGCGGCCUUGGGGCUGCUCUACAGCAGCCAGACACCAGGGCAAACCCAGGCUCAAGGGGCCGGGCAGACGUCGGGAGCAACCAACGCACACACCCAGCAAACACUGCCGCAGCAGUUGAGACCCAUCAAUGCAAUUGGAAACCAGAUGGCCCCCGGAGGCACGGGGAUCGGCGGGCCCACGUCCAAACCGAGCAACGUCCACGUCGACCCCUCCCUCCCCAACGCAUUCAACACUAACAAUCAGCUGCUCUCGGACGGCUCUUCUGUGGCCUCUAAGGGAAACUUACCCACGGCAGCUCCCCUCUCCGCCACCGGCACCAGGAAGACGUGGCAUGAACACGUGACGCAGGACCUCCGCAAUCACCUGGUCCACAAGCUAGUACAAGCCAUAUUCCCCACUCCGGACCCGGCAGCCCUGAAGGACUGGCGAAUGGAGAUCCUGGUGGCCUACGCCAAGAAGGUGGAAGGGGACAUGUACGAGUCGGCGAACAGCAGGGACGAGUAUUACCACUUCCUGGCUGAGAAGCUCUACAAAAUCCAGAAGGAACUGGAAGAGAAGAGGCGCUCGCGGCUGCAGAAGCAGAUCAUUAAUCAGGGCCCCCUGACCGCACAGGGGGGCAGCAGCCUGGCCUCCCAGUGCCCUGGGCCCCAGGCCACAGAGUGAGUGCACCUUCCCUACCUCCACCAGGGAGGGUGCUUUAGAUUUUUUUCCCUGCCGUCCUGCCAGAAGAUGUAGAGGGUAACACCCCUCUGACGCCCCAGCAACCGCUCUCCAGCCAGCCCCAGACCCCCAGUGCAGCGGCACUCAUGUCCACUUCUUUCCCCAACACUCAUUGCGGUUCUCCCUCAUGGAGACUGUGGAGGUGGGGCGGCGUCUGGCCUGCAGGGGGAGUAUGGAGCACCGGGUCUGCUGGGGUGAUGGGGUCUGAUUGCGGACAGGUGUCUGCAAUCUGACCCAAUCAGGAAGUGUGUAUUUAUGUGCCUGCUUGUCUUUCAGUGAGUGGUUGAGAGAGAGAGAAGGAAGACGCUCUCUGCGAGCCAGAGAGAGCGUCGUAAGACCAUGAGACGGACGGAAUGAACACUCAACGUUGUCCUUUUGUUCAUGUGACAUUGUGUUUGUUUGCCCCGAAGUGGAAAUAAACACAGUUCGCUCCGUCUUCACUGAAGAACUGUGUCCUGACUCCCCUGAACCCGUUACAGUGGAGCCCAAUGUGGGGCGGAGUCAAUUAGGGAAAAAUCGCCAUUGGCCAGUGUCCUUGGAUACCUGGCACAAACAGCGGAGCGUCAGACCCAGCUACAGCAGGCCCAGAACGAGGUCCUGGUGGAACUGGCCCGCUCCUUGGCCGCCGACCGGGAGGCCAUGCGGGAGCUACUCGGCUCCGGAGAACGCGGAGGGGAAACCCGACCGGGGCGACAAAUAUAUAUCCCCAAAAUGGGGGAGGCCGACGACCCAGAGGCCUUCCUGGAGACCUUCCGGGGGGUGGCCGAGGUCUCAGAGUGGCCGCCGCAGAGAGCAUCUUCCUUCUCUCUCUCUCAACCACUCACUGAAAGACAAGCAGGCACAUAAAUACACACUUCCUGAUUGGGUCAGAUUGCAGACACCUGUCCGCAAUCAGACCCCAUCACCCCAGCAGACCCGGUGCUCCAUGCUCCCCCUGCAGGCCAGACGCCGCCCCACCUCCACAGAGACCCAUUGUUUGGCGUUGUUUUGCCCUGUGUUAGGAUUGGUUCCUGUGGAUUUGGGUUGGGAUUGGUGUCUGUUGCUUUACUUAACUCCCACACAGUUCUUUCCCUCCAUAUCUAGCACUCAUGCAACGCAUUACACGCCCGCUGUCAUUCACAUAUUGCUUCUGUUAUCCAUUCAUUUCUAAAAUAAAAUCGGAUACUUUUU